UUGAAGGUGGAAUGGCUCUGCGUUCAGCAGGGAAAUGAGGGCCAUCUCCAUGGUAAGCCCUCUGAUCUUCAUGGUAACCCCGGGGUCCGCCUCCAUUUGGGUAAAAGCGGGGACCUCCUUCAUAAUCGUAGCCACCACGGCCGUAGUCAUCUUCUGGCCUCCCAAAGGGGCCUCUUCGCUCAACCCCUCCAGCCGCCCGUGGUCCAGUAUGAGCGGGGGUUUGGCACCAAGCAAAAGUACCGUCUAUGUUUCGAACCUGCCAUUCUCUCUCACCAACAAUGACCUACACAAGCUAUUCAGCAAAUAUGGCAAAGUUGUAAAGGUCACGGUGGUUAAGGAUAAAAACACUCGGCAGAGUAAAGGAGUGGCGUUUGUUCUCUUCCUGGAUAGAGAGUCGGCUCAUAACUGUGCAAGAGCAGUGAACAACAAACAGUUAUUUGGCAGAACGGUUAAAGCCAGCAUUGCCAUAGAUAAUGGACGAGCAGCAGAAUUUAUAAGGAGACGGAACUACACAGACAAAAGUAGAUGCUACGAAUGUGGGGAUUCCGGACAUUUGAGCUACGCAUGUCCCAAAAACAUGCUGGGAGAGAGGGAACCUCCGAAGAAGAAAGAAAAGAAAAAGAAGAAAAAGGCUCAACAGCCCGAGCAAACUGAAGAAGAAGAAGAAGAAGAAAGUGAGGAAGAGGGAGAAGACCCGGCUCUAGAUAGCCUAAGCCAAGCCAUAGCUUUUCAGCAAGCCUGUAUUGAGGAAGAACAGAAAAAACAGAAGAAGCUGGCAGAGGAUAAUGCUCACGCUUCAACGUCGUCAGACUCCAAGAAGCCACGGAUCAAAAAGAGCGCAUACUUCAGUGAUGAGGAGGAGCUCAGUGACUAAUGGAUGCAUAGACUUGAACGUUUUAUUUGGAUAAAUAUGGACAUUUUUUGAGCUGUUUUUUUUUUGUGCAGGUGUAAAAUAUGUUUCAAACUUAAUCAUAUGUUGAUAAAGUUAGAAUUGACACAAAAAAUCCAAUGUUUUAAGUGCAAAAUCAGAUUUAAAAAAAAAAAAGCCAAACAGUUUGGGUACUGCUUUGGCUGGUUGUAGAUAAAAUCUGAUCUUUUUAUAUGCUGUCAGUUUUCUAUUAAAUGUCAAAGGUGAUUAUGAAUAUUUUA